ACUAUCCUCUCUAUACCCUAUACUCUACACCAACCCACCACCAACCUCCUUCCAACCACCAACAAACAAACACAAAACCUUCAAAAUGGCCCCCUCCCUACACCCCCUCAUCGACAACGGCCUCACCAAAGGCUCCCCCAACUUCUCCGGCGGUUCUCUCCACUGCAAAUGCGCCUCGGACCGCGUCACCGUGACUCUCUCCAGCAACAUCGCACACAACCACGCCUGCGGGUGCUCUAAAUGCUGGAAACCCUCCGGCGCAUUGUUCUCCGUCGUCGGGGUUGUGCCUCGCACCGCUGUUUCCGUGACGGCGCACCCCGAGAAACUACACAUCGUGGACCCGGAGGCCGUGAUUCUGCGCAACGCCUGCAAGGGCUGCGGGGUGCACAUGUUCGGACGCAUUGAGAAAGAGCACCCGUUCAAGGGGCUGGAUUUCGUGCAUGCUGAGCUCUCGAACGAGCAGGGGUGGCAGGAGCCGCAGUUUGCGGGGUUCGUGAGCUCGAUCAUCGAGCAGGGGUUUAACCCGAGUGGGAUGGACGAGGUGCGGGCGAAGUUCGAGAGUGUGGGUCUGCAGUGCUAUGAUGCGCUGUCGCCGGUGUUGAUGGAUUUGAUUGCUACGUUUGCGGCGAAGAAGGCGGGCAAGUUGCCGGCUCAUCUUUGAGGUAGGAGUUCUUUGGAUGGUUGAAGGAGGAUAGGAUGAAUGGAUGGAUGUAUUAUGUGGAUUUGGUU